AUGGCCCCAACCAAAGAAGAACUCGACCGCGCCCUCAACGAAAUCCAAGCCACCUUCCUCUCCAGGGAAACCAAGCUCGCCAAAGCCUACGCCGAGCACCCCGAUCCGGACGCGUGGUACUUGAACUUUAUUAGCUGCCUUGCUAAAGUCGCUGCUGGACCGCCGCCGUUGCCCUCUACCACCACUGGUCACAAGCAGCCAGCAGCUGGGGUUGGAGUUGGAGUUGGGGUUGAAGCUGAAGUUGAACCUGAGGCGGCAAAGGAUAGUGGCGGUUGUGAUGUGAUUGCGGGGGUGGGUACCACCUCUAGAGGUAUGAAGAGACCUAGUGUUGAGGAGAUGGAUGGUGGUAGUGGUAACGGCAGAGGCACCGGCACAGGCAAGAAAGUGAGGGUUGAGCAUUCUAUGUCGACUGGGGACACCGAGUACCGGACAGCCGAAGGUGUUCUGGUUAGUACUACGAUGACUGUUAGGAACAGGCACCCGUUGGAUAGUCCCGGCUUGACCACAGCGACUGGUGAUGUGAAGGUGGAGGUAAAAAGGGAGGAAUAG